AGGACAUUCCCAGUGUCAGCGCCUCACAGAACCGAGUCGUGAAAUGGCUGUGAUAGGAACAUGCAGUCACAAUUGCCAUCUUCCUUCACCUUGAGAGCUUUGAUGUCCCUAUGCCCACUUUUCUCCUCACAGCCUUCCUACCACCGCUGCACCAUGUGGCAUCUGAUCCUGUGGACACUGCACCCCCAGUGGUCACCAAAGCACUUAAAGCUGGUCAUCAUCUAUGUGCUGGUGCUCUUGGUAUCGCUCAGCUUUGCUUCGAGACAGAGCAGACCUUCUAAACAUCAAAUAGACAACAGAAGCCCUGAGAUCGACCCCUUCUGGUACGUGGGACGCGGCGUUCGACCCAUUGGUCGGUUUGGGAAGAGGCAGCUGAGAGGCGGCCAUGGAAGCAUAAGGCCUGUGAGCAGGCGCCUGGAUUUCAUCCUGAACACCUUGUGGGAGCAGGAAGUGUUGGACGCAGAGGACAGUGACUGGUGAUGGCUGUGUCCUCAGGUGGUGACCUAACCUCUGCUCUUCGAAUUGCCCCUACCUUGCAUCGCAGGGCUCUGCUUUUGCCUGGCAAUCCCAUGCUGCUCCUCUCUCUGCUACUCCUGCAAAUUCCUUCAAGAAGAAACACAUUCAGGGUGCAGGUAAAAGGCAAUGUGUUGACACCAGCACUAAGUGUAACUGUGCUUUAAAAAGUGUGUAUUCUCUCUUUCAUCACCACCAUUCCCUUCACUGAGCUGCGACGAUGCUGCACACUGUAAUGUUACAUUUACCCAAAAAUCCAAAGAGCUCCAGUGCUAGGAUUUAAACUCAGCAGUGUUAGUGUACCAUGAAGUGUUCCUGUCAUGUUUUAAAGUCAAUGGCUGCUGUUAUGUGAAAAUAAAAAGCAAUGAUUGGAUGAAAGAAAAAAGG